AAGGAGUGCCGCUGAUUUAUGAAUCUUUUGACUGGAAGCACGGAGUCAUGGUUGGAGCUGCAAUGCGGUCAGAAGCCACGGCCGCUGCUGAACACAAAGGCAAGGAAAUCAUGCACGAUCCUUUUGCAAUGAGGCCUUUCUUCGGUUACAACUUUGGCCACUAUCUUCAACACUGGUUGAGUAUGGAAGAACGAACUACCAAACCAAUGCCUAAAAUUUUCCAUGUUAACUGGUUCCGUAAGAGUGAAAAUGGUGGCUUCCUGUGGCCAGGCUUCGGUGACAACGUUCGAGUUGUUGACUGGAUUUUGCAAAGGGUUGACAGACAAGAUUCAGCUGUGGAGAGCGCCGUAGGGUUCAUUCCAAAACCCGGUGCAAUCCCUCUCAGUGGUCUGAAAGAGAAAGUCGACAUGGACGAGCUCUUCAGCCUCCCCAAGGAGUUCUGGCUGCAAGAAGUUAAACAAAUCAGCAAAUAUUUCACUGAGCAAGUCGGCGAAGAUCUUCCCAACGAAAUUUGGGAAGAGUUAGAGAAGCUCCAGGCGCGAGUACAAAGAAUGUAAAAUGGCCGUGUACAACUGCUUUACGCUGCCGCUGAUGAACAAACAAAUCAAACGCCAUUAUAUACUGUUACAUUCAUCUCAUAGUAUAUAUUUAUGUGUGUUAAGAAAUAAUCGCAUCGUUAUUUGUGCUUUGUUAGUUUUUGUGCACCGAUUUUAAAGAGAUUUUCUCGCGUUUUGGUGCCCAAGCACAGGAAAACACAAUAUAGUAAGAAAGAAGUUAAGAACAUUGUUGUCGCACAUU